AUGGACUACGAUUCCUACGACAGGGACCGCGGCUACCCUUAUGAACGAGACCGACCACCGUACGACUACGGACGACGUGGAAGGAGUCGAAGCCCACACCCAGACGAACCUGGCAGAAAGCGCCGACGUUCGCUCUCUCCUUACGAGCGGGACCGCUAUGAACCACGGCCCAGGCACAAUGACGAUUAUGAUACCCAUUCUCGUGGUUAUGGGGGGUACUCACCCAGACGCGGCCAUGCUCCGCCUUACCCGCCACCCCGACGGGCCCCACCGGACCCUCAUACCUUCGAUUACCCAGCCACUCUCAAGCAAUACGCCGAGUGGUUCCGCUUCUUCUUCCCUCAACAAGCGCAAGAGGAAGACAGCGCGGACAAGGCUGCCGAGCAAGAGGCAGGUGACGGUUCGAAACCGCGCAAUGGCAUCAAAACUCGUUGGGAGAAGUACAAGAAGGAAUUCGCCGCGAACCAGCUGCAAGUGAUGUUCGACCAUCACAAAAAGUCUCCGUGGUUUGCAGAGAAGUACGAUCCCAGUCCGGAGUAUGUUGCUUUGCGAACGCGAGUUAGGAAGGAAGGGUGGAAAGGACGCCUUAAUAACUUUCUUCUUGAUCUUGAGGCUGGCAAAUUUGACCCAGAUCUGAACGAACCCCGCGAGGAACCCGCCUCUCCGAUCAAAGAAAGUGCAAAUGGCGAAGGUGCAGACAUGAACGGCAAUGCACCUGCCUCUGCCGACGACUAUUUGGAUGGAGAUGAAGAGCAUGGUGACCACGACGGUGGACGACCCGAAGCCAACGGGAAAGGAUCAUCCAAGAAGAAGGACGAUAAUCGGGGAGACGAAAUUGCUGUGCCUGCUGAAGGAAAUCAAGUCAUGAUUCGAACGAUCCCUCCAGACAUUGGGCGUGUAAAGCUGGAAGAGGCUUGCUCUAAGAUCCCUGGGUAUGUCUACCUCGCACUUGGCGAUCCACUCCAGAAGAGAAAUUUUUAUCGAGCUGGCUGGAUACGUUUCCGCGACGAUGCGGACAUGAGCGCUGUCAUGGCCGAAUUAACUGAGAAAAAGAUCGAUGGCUUUAAACUCCAUGUCACUCAUAAUUUGAAACCUUUUGUGAAUCGAAUUCGAUAUACACCUGAGGUUGCCUCCCGGCCAGAGAGACUGGAGAAAGACCUUGCUAACGCAAAAAAGCUUGCAUCUAUUCUUGAAGAGGAAGCAGCUAAACUUCGAGCAGCCACAGUUUCCACCAAAACGGCCAACGGCGAAGCUCAGCAAGAUCAACAAGGCGAUCAGCCUAUGUCGUCUGCGGUUGAGGGCGAGGGCGAAGAGGAAGACCCUGAGCCGAAGGAGUCUGGCGGUGAAGCGGUCGAACGACGGAUCGAGAAAGUCAUGGCCGAAUUGCGCGACCGUGGACUUGUGGAUGCGAACGACGAACAGGCGUACGAGGCCAAGAAGACGGUCGUAUCACUGGACCUUUACCUCGCCUACCUUCGUGCCGCGUUCCACACAUGUUAUUAUUGCGCCGUGACUACGGACCAUGUAGAGGAAUUGCACCGCAAGUGUGUGAAGCAUCUGAGGAAGACGCCUGUCGACACGUCCUCGGAGCGCGCGAAAGGUGUGGAAGGGGAGGGUGGCGAGAAGGAGCAAGGCAAAGGCGAUUCGAAGGAUGAUGGUGGAGACAGGAAGGAUAGCAAGUCCAGUGGGCCUGCAUCUGACAAGAAAGAGGGCCGCAAUGAUGAUCGUUGGCUAGAAUGGCUAGAUUCAAAGGUGGCCUUGCUGAUAGAUCGAGGGGGUGUAGACCCUCGCGACUAUGGCGGCAAGUCAUAUGAAGAGGAAUUGUCUAAAGCUGUCGAACCGUACAUCAAACAGGAAGAUGAGGGCAAGUUUAGGUGCAAAACGUGUCAGAAGUUGUUCAAGGCUACGACUUUUGUCGAGAAGCAUAUCGCGAAUAAGCACCCCGAACUUGUCAAGUCGCUCGAGGAGAUUCCGUACUUCAAUAAUUUUGCAUUGGAUCCUCACCGCAUCCAACCCUUCGCACAUCCGCCACCGAAUGCCGGUACCGGGAACAACCAGCCUCCACCACAGGCGUUCGGCAUUCAAGGACCAUCAUAUCAAGAUCCUCGAAGCUACUACCCACCCUAUGGGCCAGGGCCAUACCCCCCACCCUAUGGCGGAGGACCAUGGGACUACACGUACCCACCAUUCGGCAUGCCAGUCAUGUACCCACCGCAAGCCCAACCGCGCCAGGGUGACGGGCAAGGGAGGAGACUCGGUGACAGGAUCGGAGGGUUCGCGUCUGAUUCAUCGCUACCGGCUGCUGUUGGACUUCCUCCCAAACCCACGCCUGCCGCGCUUGACCAAGCUCUCAGUAGCGGGAAUGGUGGAGGAGCGCGGAGGAGCACUGGUGGAGGUGGGCGCAGUACUGGUGGGCCACCGCCUCCACCACCGCCUGAUGCUAAAGAAGAUCCUCGGGCUGCUGCGGGCAAGCGAGUUAGUUAUCAUGAUAUGGAUUUGGUCGCAGAGGGCGAUGUGGAGCUUUCUUACUGA